AUGUCAAAAGUCAAUCUCAGCAUUGUGGCAAUCACCAUUCUUCUGGUGGUGGGGACACUGGCACAGAAUCCUAAGAAACCACUGAAACAACCAAAGCCAUCCAAGGCUCAGUGCUGCGAUGAGGUGCGCUCUCUCAAGGUUCAAGUGGCCAAUUUGACCAGUCUCCUGGGGGAGCUGAGUCGCAAGCAGGAGGUAGACUUUAUGAAUGUAGUGAAGCAGAUCAUGGACCUGGACAAGCAGAACCGACAGCAGGAAGCAAGGGUAACUGAGGCCGAGAGCAAGUACUCCGAAAUUAACAACCGUGUGGAGAUCAUGCAGCUUCAGACUGUUCAAUCAGCUCCUCAGACAACAUCAGAUGCCAUAUAUGACUGUGCAUCACUCUACAGCAAGAACUACAAGAUCUCUGGCGAGUAUAAACUUCCAAAAGAUGAGUUCCUAGGAACACCUGAGCUUAAUGUGUUCUGUGAUAUGAAGACAAAUGGGGGUGGCUGGACUCUAAUCCAGAGGCGUAAAAUUGGCCUGACGUCAUUUAACCGUGACUGGAAGCAGUACAAAAGCGGAUUUGGAUCCAUCCGUGGAGACUUCUGGCUUGGCAAUGACCACAUAUUUCGUCUAACAAGGCAGCCCAGUGUGCUAAGGAUUGAGAUGGAGGACUGGGAAGGAGAGACUCGUUAUGCUGAGUAUGGGUUUUUCACUGUGGCCAAUGAGCUCAACAGCUUCAGGCUCUUCCUUGCCAAAUACCGUGGGAAUGCUGGAGAUUCCCUGCGCUACCAUAACAACACCAACUUCAGCACCCUUAACAAAGACAAUGACAAAUGUGUAGAUGACUGUGCUUCAUUACGCAAAGGUGGUUACUGGUACAAUUGCUGCACCGACUCAAACUUGAAUGGAGUUUUUUACCGCUAUGGUGAGCACAUGAAGAGCACAGAUGGGAUCACUUGGUACGGAUGGCACGGUCCCAACUAUUCCCUCAAAAAAGUAGAGAUGAAGGUCCGGCCUGUAAAUUUCCAGCCAUAA